AAUGUCCGUCAAAGUGGCAGUCAGAGUAAGGCCUUACAAUGCUCGUGAACUUGAGCUGAAUUGCUAAUUGUGUGUGGCUAUGAAUGGUCCAACCACAAUAUUGUUAGGUAUAGAAUUUAUGUAAGACCAAAAGAUAUCGAGGAUCCAAAGAAAAAUAGAGAUUUUGCUUUUGAUUAUUCUUUCUGGUCUCAUGAUUCCUUUGAGAAUGAUGAAAACGGAUACAGCAGAGCUAUUCCAGGAACUAAGUACGCCGACUAACAAAUGGUGUUUGACACAGUUGGUUAAGAGAUUUUAAAUAAUGCUUGGUAAGGUUAUCAUUGUUGUCUAUUCGCAUAUGGUUAAACAGGAGUAAGAAUCAUUUUAAUAAUUAAGGCUGGUAAAUCCUAUUCGAUGGUUGGUUAUGGAGCAAAUAAAGGUAUCGUGCCUAUCUCAUGUGAAGAGAUCUUUAAACGUAUUAAAAAAAAUCCUGAUUCUCAGUUAAGUAUUCUGAUUUGAUUAUCUCACCAUUAGCUUAUGAAGUGUAAGUCAGUAUGCUUGAAAUUUACAAUGAAAAGGUCCAGGAUCUACUUGUACCAGUUCCAAAAAGACCAACUGGAGGUCUCAAAGUUCGAGAACACAAAGUUUAUGGAGUGUAUGUAGAAGGACUUACCAAAUACCCUGUUGAUUCCUACGAAGCCAUCGAAGCUAAAAUGGAUGAGGGAAGCAAGCAUAGGACUGUUGCUGCAACUUAAAUGAAUGCCUCGUAUAUUAUUCCAUAUUAUCCAAUAGAUCUUCGAGAGCACACACUAUCAUAUAGAUUGAGUUUAAGGAAAUUAAGAAUGUUGAUGGAAGAAAAUCAGAGAAGCUGUCCGUUAUCAAUUUGGUUGAUCUUGCAGGUUCCGAAAAAGUAGGGAAAACAGGAGCUUAGGGAGAUCGUUUGAAAGAAGGUAAGCUUUGGUUAUAAUGGUUUAUAUAGCUGGUAAUAUUAACAAAUCAUUAUCUGUUUUGGGAUAAGUUAUUGCAGCUUUGGCAGACAAGGCUAUGGGCAAAGGGAAAAAUGCAGUCGUUCCUUAUAGAGAUUCACAAUUAACCAGAAUCUUAUAAAACGCCUUGGGAGGUAACUCUAAGACUCUGAUGAUUUGUGCUGUGAGUCCUGCCACCGACAACUACGAAGAAACCUUGAGUACUUUGAGAUAUGCAGAUCAAGCCAAAAAGAUUAAAAAUUGUGCAGUUGUCAAUGAAAGUGAUGUCGAUAAGAAGUUAAGGGAAUAACAAGAAGAAAUACAUUCACUAAAAUAAUAGUUGAUGAUGUUACAACAACAAUUAAAAGGAGGUGUAAUUAAUCCAGAGAUGUUGAAACAAUUGUCUUAAAUCCAAGACGAUAUUGAAACCAACGAGACUAUUAUGUAAGAGAAUUCUGAGUCAUUCCAGUCCAAAUUGUAGAAGUAAAAAUAGAAGGAUGAGGAAGAAGAUGAUGAGGAUAUAUAGAAUGAAGGAAUCAAAGAGCAUCCUCAUUUAGUAAAUUUGAAUGAAGAUCCCUUACUCAAUAGAAAGAUAUUGAAAUCAUUAAAUUAAGAGGAAACUCACGUCGGAAGACCCAAUGGAAAUCCAACUCCUUAGAUUGUUGUCAAUGCUAUGUGUGUACAGCCUAAUCAUGCUGUUAUCAGAAAUAAGGAUGGGGUUAUUGAAAUAAGUCCAAUCACUAAAGAAUGUGGGGAUUUUAUUUUUGUCAAUGGUUCUCCUAUCACAGGGCCAACUUUGCUUAAUCAUAAUGACAGAAUUAUUUUCGGUACUACUACAACAUUUUUGGUUCAAAUACCAGGAUCUGAAUAAGUUGAAUAGGGACCUGAAAUCGAUUGGGAAUUAGCUUAGUAGGAAAUGCAAAAGAAGGAGGAAGAAAAGAGAUAGGAAUAAUAGAAAUUAGCAGAAAAGCAAGUACACGAAGAAAUGCAAAGGAAGAAAUAAGAACUAGAAGAGUAAAGAAAGGAGGAAUAAAGAUUAUAUGAAGAGCAAAUGAAGAAGCAAUAGGAAGAUUUUGAUAAAAAGAUGAAGGCUUUGGAAGAACAAAACAAAGAUAUGUUGAAUAGAGCUUUAAUGGCUGAAGAAGAAAGAAAAUUAAUAGAAGAGAGGAAGAAAUUAGAAGAAGAAACAUUACAAAAAUAAUUAUAAAGAGAAAAGGCUAGGAAGUAAUAUGAAGAUGAGGAAACUAUGAAAAAAUACAGAAUUAAGGAAAAGAAUUUUAUUGAAAAUAAAUUAUAAAAGUAUCUGCCUAAAGUAUUAGAAGUCAAUUUGAUUGCUAAAGAACUUAAACGUAAUGUUACAUUGGAGGCAAGAUUGAAAUAUGUUUAUGCAGAUGACCAAGAAUAUUCUUAAUUUACAGAAGAAAACGCAUAAAAAGGAUAAAUAUAAAUAUAGGUUAACAACAAAGAGGAAGGAUAAAUAUACUAUUGGGAUUUACAUAAGUUUUCGAAUAGAUAUUAUAUAAUAAAAGAUUUAUUGGAGAGAUACUUCGAAUCCAAUCAAUUAUUAUAAUUGCCUAAAGAUUAAGAUCCUUUUUGGGAUCCCCCUGAAGCAAGAGUAAUUGGCUCUGGUUUCCUUAAAUUAUAAGCUUUAGCUUAUUUAAUGGACAAUCCUUGCGAUUUGACCCUUGUAGGAGAACACUUCUAAUGCGGAACUCUGAAAGUCAAUUUAAUACCAACAGAUGAAACUGGAUAAAGAAAUUUAUCAGAAGAUAUUGAAGAUGGAAUAGAACCUCCUGUGGAAGAUCCCUCAGAGUUGGUUGGUAGAAGAUUUGACUUUAGAGUUUCAAUCGAAAGUGCACGAUUACCUGAGAAUCUAUGCAAAGAUACAUAUGUUGAAUAUUCUAUCUAAGUUGAAGAGAAAAAGAAAGAAUCAUUCAAAACAAAAACAGUAUGAAUUUAUUCUUAUAUAUUUAAGUUGGCUGGUGCUCAUCCAAAUCCAAUUUAUAAUUAUGACUAGUAGCAUACAUUUGAUUAACUAUCGGAGACUUAGUUGAACUAUUUGAUUAAUGGAACAGUAAUAAUUUAUUUUUCUAUUUCAGAUAUGCUUCAAAGUCUAUGGAUAUGAUGAAAAUAAAAAUAAAGAUGUGAAAAAAAGGGAAAUACCAGUUGAAAAUCUAAUCCCUUAGUAAUAGACUACCUAACAACAGCAAUAAAUUUAAUAAUAAUCACAACAGCCAACUUAAUAGGUAGAUUAAGUUAAAAAGCAAGAAGAGCACAUUGACAUUUUGACCAAAACAAUUAAUUAGACCAAAAACAUCUAAUAAUAAUAAUAGGUCUCAUAACAGCAACCUACUAAAUAACCAACACAAACUAGCUAAGUUAAACCACCAAUAGAAAGUAAACUAAUUAUCUAAAUUUUAUUAGAAUUCACUUAAAAUUAACCUGUAACACAACCUAUUAGCAGGUAAUCCAUUAAAGAAUUUGAAGAUCAUACUUCAGAACAAUAACAAAUGAAGGCUAAGUUAUAAUAGUAACAAAUGAAUGCUCAAAAGCCAAGAAGUUCAUCCCAAGAUAGAACACCUGCAAUGAUGUCAAAAGGAAAACCUGAUCCAAAGAAAGGAACUAAAAAAGACGAUGGAUGCAAUAUAUUCUGAUAAAUA